AUAAAAAUAAAUAUGGACCCAGACCAACCCACCGAAGAUCAACUCAGAGAAGUAUUCAACACCUUUGACAGAGACGGCAAUGGAUCAAUCGAUGCUGAAGAAAUCCAGAAGGUAAUUCAAGAGCUCGGCCUUGAUGCUAAGAGCAGUGAGAUCGAAAAUUUGAUCAGCGAAGCAGAUAAAGACGGCAACGGAAAGAUUGAGUUUGAUGAGUUUAAAAAGGCCGUCCUUGGUGAAGACUAAAUUCAUC